GCGAGGGCGGGGGGCGGAGCCUCGAGCAGGUCUCGCGACAGCUGGGAAGAACCCACAGAGCCGAAAAUGGCCUCUCGCGGGCCGGGCGGCCUUUGGAGCUUGCUCCCUUGGGCUGUGGCCCUGCUCCUCGCUGUGGAAAUGGCUCUGGCGCUACCCGAGAUAUGCAUCCAGUGCCCUGGGAGUGUGCAAAAAUUGUCAGAAGUGGCCCGUUAUUGCAAGCAAACACCAAAUCUUACCCUGCAAGCCCGCUGCUGCCUGAAUCAGAAAGGCACCAUCUUGGGGCUGGAUCUCCAGAACUGUUCUCUAAAGGACCCUGGUCCAAACUUUACUCAAGCAGAUACUGCUGUCAUCAUAGACCUACAAGCAAAUCCCCUGCAGGAUGACUUGGCCAACACCUUCCAUGGCUUUACCCAGCUCCAGACUCUGGUAUUGCCACAAGAAAGCCGGUGUCCUGGAGGCAUUGAAGCUUGGUAUACUGUCACCUACUAUAAAGACACCCAGACCUGCCAAGGACAAAGGAACCUGUGCAACAGCACUAGACACCCAGGAACAUGUCCUGAGAAUGGAUCUUGUGCACCUAAUGGUCCAGGACUCUUGAAGUGUGUUUGUGCUGAUGGUUUCCAUGGCUACAAGUGUAUGCGCCAGAGCUCUUUCCCGCUGCUCAUGUUCUUCGGCAUUCUGGGAUCCACCACGUUAUCCAUCUCCGCCCUGCUUUGGGGGACCCAACGCCGAAAAGCCAAGGCUGCCUGAGCCCCCAUAGUCUUCCAGCUGCGGCUGCUCCCCGGACCGGCUCGCUUGACCAGCGGCUCCUCCAGACCCGAGGCGGCCACUGGACAGCGCAGGCGGCGGUGCUCGAGUGGGGGGCGCGGACCCCCGCGCCGGGGCCCCCUCGACCGCUAAGUAAUAAACACGUGUUUGUCUUGCCUUCUAA